AUGCAGGCCAUGCAACCCCGCCGUCAGGCGUGGCUUGACAAACCUGAGCGAUGGCUCAAUCCUGAGGCCCCAAGGGACGCCGUCGAAGACACCGCCGGAGCCAGGUCUGUGAAACCCCCUUCCACAUCUCGACGAUCCCAGGUCGCCUUCGUUGCUAGCCAAGAAGUCUGGCACUCCGUAAUGCAAACGGGUAAUGGCGAGGUGAGCACAGCGGCCCCGAUGCACAAUGGCCAGCACAGCGACCAGAUUACGCCGGCCAUGCAGUGGGCCCGGCAUGACGGCGACGCCUUAAGCUCAGUUCGAGGGCAAAUCCCCACGGUAGCUGAUGAAAUUGCGAGCCGAACCCAACAUAUUGAGAGAUCUGCCAAUGGCAAUUCUGCAUCACGGGUCUUCGUCGAUGACAUACCUGACGCUCCAAAACCCCUUCAUAGCCAGCUAAAGGAGAGCAGAUGGGCUCAAGCUGUCCCUUCGAAGGAUGCGACUUUCAAAGCCCAUGGCGUGGGGAUCAAUGGGCAUCAGAAAAAGGCAGAACCACCUGCUGGUGCACUAUCCAUUUCAACUCCAACACAAAAUGAGAGACUCAAUGGCACCAAGGGAUUGACUCACCUACCUGAACAGUCUGCCCACAAGGGCCGUCAAGAGAAUGUUCAUCCAAGAUAUUGGACUAACGGAACCAAAGCCCUACCCCCACAUAUUCAGCUUCAAAAAACCACGGCAAAUGAUGAUCUGAAAGAGAAGUCGACCCAAGUCGAGGACUUGCAACGUGCCCCUAAUGAGUCGGCGAUGGAUUCCUUGCCUCCUCAUCGCAAGCAGUUACCGAGGCACGUUGUUAACAUAAUGGCCAAGAUUCAACAACGCCACAAGUCAUAUCCGAAAGAAUCCCCUUUCGCUUCAGACUCCAAUAGUCAAGGUCCUGCUCAAGCAAGAACCAAUCCACAGGGCGCGGCUUUAGAGCCCAAACCACAGCAAUCAGUGUCACGGAUCUCGGACUCAGUAGCGCCAGCUAAUUCACCGCCCUUGUAUAUCAUGCAGAGCACCGGCAACGACGUCUCCCCGGGUUCACCACCUCCCAGGUUCCCAUAUGUCGCAUCUCCUACAGAUAUAGCUGUUGACAGAGACCCUCGUGGUGAAGAAUCAGAUGGUAUUUAUGACGACCAGGACUGGGAUGCCCCACGUCCAGCUCGACCGAGAAAGAAACAAUGGGACAGCGAGAGCAGCGUUGUUGACGGCACAGUGUCAUCGAGUAAUGGGCCAGCCUUUGCUUCCAAGGGCGCAUGUUCCUUACAGUUCAUGACUUGGUGGCUCGAUGCUAUCCCUAGCCAGAGAGCUAGCUUCCUGGACCAGCCUACAAACAGUGCACUCGGCGACGUGAAUGAGCACCAGGGCGUCGAUCCCGUCACAGGCCAACUAAUGGACGAGAUUGGACAGCCAAACUGUCGAAGAGACUAUGGAAGACACAACCCGGACAGAAUUCUCAAACUCAACAGUCAAACGUCACAGUGGUCUAUUGGAAGAUACCUGUCCGGGAUCCAGGCAUCAAAUUCAAGGAAAGAAAACGAGGAGUUGGAGGCUGAGGCUGAAAGACAGGCCCGGGUGCUUGAGGAACGCAAUGCAAACAAGAAAAACCCGUACCUGUGCCGAGUACCUGCUCACCUUCGACCAGCUGCACUCGGUGACAUGGAUGAAGUUACAAGGAUCUACAACCAGGAGGUUCGGGAGGGUUGGCGCGCUGUCGACCAGGAGCCAUUGCCAGCAACAGCGUGGCAAAACAUCUUCAAGGCCUGCCGAAGAGAGAAAUUGCCUUUUAUUGUGGCACUCAGCAAGUACAGAAACCCGAACACUGCCAUCGAGGAAGCCGGUCACAAGGUCAUUGGCUUUGCAUACCUUGAUGUUGCCAGCCGUGGCGUCAGCGGCUCCGUUCAGAGCAGUGCUAGGGUCUCAGCGCGACUCUACGUUUUCGUUGAUCCGCAGCAUCGUCGCAACAGGGUUGGCACUGCUCUCCUGGAUAGGAUCUGCAUCAUGACUUCCAGAUCAUACAUCUGCAAAGAGCAAUCGUACCAGUGGGAAAACCCUUCUCUGGAUGCCGCUUACUUCGAUGAGUGGCGUAAUGCUCGCAAGUACCGCACCAUGACCCUGGAGGUUUACAUUGAGAACCUAGGAACUGGGAAGAAGACGGAGGAAGGUGAGGAGUACCAGUGGAUAUACAAUUUUCUCGAAGAGGAGUUUGCCUUUUACAAGAAGUUGCGAACCCAUCACUUUGCGGUGAAGAGUGAUCCAGAAGGUUUCGAUAUUCACCUCGAUCGUCUCAUAUUCGAGCAUCGAUGCAUCGAGUUUGGAGCACCGGUUCGUUGGAAACUCAUCUGCCGCUCGAACAUCCGGGACCUCGCAGACAAGUCCAAGGAUCAAAUCAUAUUUUGCACUGGCACCUAUAGGCCAGGCCACCGGUACUGGAUGGAUAGCCUACAGAACCAGCGCUUGGCAUCGGCCAGCGAAGCGAAGAAAGUCUUGGCCAAGUAUCUGUCAACGGGAGACGAUGGCGUCUUGAAUGAGAAUAAACACCACGUUGUCGAUCAACAAGUCGAUGUCGGCUACGAACACAUUGGCGAGGGCCUUUGUGCUGCUGUAUUCAACUUCGGCGGCAACGGAAAUGUCAUAAAACACGGCUGGGCAGGCAAGGAAUCACAGCUCCGGACGGACUUUGAAUUUCAUCAACCCAUGUAUCAAAAUGUCAACAGCAAACACAGCAUCGUUGCCGUCCCUAAGCCGCAGGAGUUUGUGGGCCAAUCCAAAGCACCCGACGCACUGGAGGCCUUGAUCGAGGAGACGGAAAGAGAGGCAACUAGGAAGGACUCUAGGAACAAUCCAUGUCUCUUGCGCCUCUAUCUCGGCGUGCGGCGUCCCAACUUCAAGUACGAGGGCGAGUUCUCAUUGCGCGAUUUCGAGCUCACGCUUGACAAGGUGGAGCAUCUUGACAUUGAUGCUAAGCCUUUGGCGCGUAAGAUGGCGCGGGCGCUCGCUGCGUGUGACAGGGAAUCUCGCUGCGAUGCCUUCGACGUCGAGUUCGUCUAUGGAGCACCCAGAGGAGACCAACAAGGGCUGGAGGAGAGAGCCGAGGUCUGGCUGUUAGACUUCAAUCAGUGCGGUAAAAUCACAUUGGACGGGGCAGGCGUCGAGGGGGCUGUCCGCAGGUUCUGGGAUGAUCCGUAUUACCCUCGCCCAGGUGCGACCGCGAGGACCGCUGAGCACGAGUUGUGGCAAAGCUUCCGGGAUGCUUACCUUGCGGAGAGUGAAGAGAUCCUGGAAGAGAUUGAUGUGCACUUGGCGAAAGCCUUCAUCAGCAAGGUCAUCGAAGAAGGUCGUACACGGCAGGCGACUCUUGGUAGUGGACCCUCAAAAGGAGGAAGAACGGAAACUUCGGCAAGCUUAUCCUUGCAAGUGAGUAGUAAGAGAAAGGGGCGCAAGUAUGCAGCCGCAUAG